AACAUGUGCGACCAGCCUCGAAUCCUGUGACACAAUCUAGAGAGAUCAUGUAGCUUGAGCUGAGAUCAGUUUGGCUAGCUGUGGAGUGGUCUAGAUGUAUUAGACACUGAAGUGUAUAUAUACUCACUGCUGCAACUAGUCUAGAUCUAUAUAUAGAGUCUAGACUAACUCUAGAGUCUUAGUGUCUAGUGUCUAGAGUCUAUAGACUCUACUUGGAGUCGACUGGUGGAGACUCAGAGGCCGAAGGCCUCAUUCGAACAUCAACAACAAGUACAUGAAGAGUUGCCCGAACUGUGCAGCUUCAAUGGGGCACUAUGGAAAUGCUCAGGAAGGUUUUGUUCAGACCAUUAACUGUACUGCACUCCCAAUGGAACAAUAUUUGUCUAAACUCUUCUCUGAUCACAAGGAGAAAAAAACAUGCUUUCGAAUAGAGUUGAGAAAAUAUCGUAACAGUAACAAACGUUGUUCAACAGAUACAACCUGGAUAACCGGUUUGGACAAGACACCACAAAUAUUGGAGGUGGAUUUUUUGUUGCUGAUUAUAGCUGGAGAUAUCGAAACUAACCCUGGCCCUGUUCUUACAACACUGACACUCUCAACUCUUCAUGAAGAAUUAGUUGAGUUGACUAAUCCACUUCUUUUUGGUAAACACUUGGGCAUUCCUCAGUUGGUAUUGGACAAACUUCAUCCAAAUGACGUCAGUGAACAGAAAAAUACCCUGCUUCAGUACAUUGCUAAUAACUAUGAACUAUACGGAUUUGAUUGGGAGAAAAUCGCUGAUGCUCUUGAUAUAAUUUUAUUGAGAGACCUGGCCACAAAGCUGAGGUCUAAAUAUUGUCAACAUGAUCAUUCAUCUUCGAGUGAUGAGUAUCUUUCAGCAGAAGAGCCCCCUUCAAGUGAUGAGCAUCAUUCAGCAGAAGAGCCCCCACCGGUGCAAUUAUCUGAUCUGCCGAGAGUAGGACUUCAAGAACGGUUUCUAGUGCCAGACCCUGUUCCAUCUCAGCAGCCUACCGAGGGUUCUCUAGUACCAACUAGGACUUCAUUAUCAGUAGCACUGGGUCCUCCUGGACCCUCACCAAGUAUACCACCACUAGUAAAUGAAAAAGGUAUUAUAAUGCUAAUGAAAAGACACAAUGUUACUGAUAAGCAACUCAACACUGAAUUACGGGAAGCUGAUUUUUCCCACUUGGCUAAAUAUUUUGAUAGGAUUGAGCUCUAUGUUUACGAGAUGGAUUUGACUCCUUCUGAACAAGGCGAUGUGACACUGAAGGGAAAUCACAACAUUCAAGAUGCAAUGAUUAUGUGCUUGUCUUACUGGCGAAGACACAAUCCUUCGAAAGCGACAUACAAAUCUCUGUUGAACAUCUUAGUGAGUCUUGACCAAGGAUUGAUAGCUGAUAACGUGUGUCAGUACUUGGCGCAGAAAAAUGAAGACCAGCCAACAAAACCCAAAGUUACGCCUGAAACAACUGUAGCUCAGUUGAACCAACAGUGUUCUAAUGACGCUCUUCUCCAGUUGUCUGCCAAGAUUGCUGACUAUAAUGGUUUCAAAGUCAGGCUGGGCCUCAGUGAUGCUGAAAUUAACGCUAUUGAUCUGACAAUUAGUGAUAUUCCAGGAAGGUUUUACGCUGCUCUGAAAAAGUGGAAGAGUAAAGGCAUGUUUGAUUCGACAGCUACUUAUGGUCGAUUAGUGGAAAUCGCUAGGAUAUUGGAGGAUGGAGAGGCAUUUCAGAGUAUUAAACGUGCCUGUAUUGAGCAUACAAUCCCUAAACAAGAAAGUCAAUCUCUUACAACAGCUGAAAGGCCAAAUUUGUGCCAAUCAUCGGAUUUUAAUAUGAAGCGAACGUAUGUGUGUUUUGCUUGUGGCUGUGAUCGCUGCUGUUUACUGGAUCGUGUACUAGGGAAAAAAUGCCCUAAUCAAAAACAGUAUCCAUUUCCUAAAAUUGGUUUGAGUCAAGAGUUGUCUGACGAUGUGAUGUGUGAUUUAAACGAAUUUAAAGAAUCUCUACUGAACCAAUCAAGAAGAAUUCAUGGUAUGUUUCUUGAAUUAAUGACCCACACAUUCGAAACUCUAAAGAAGAAGAAAGUGGAUAUUGAAAAGGUGAAGUAUUAUCUGAGAUCACUAUUUCCCCUUGAUUGGCGUUUUCUGGCUAUACUCUCUCAGGAAGAAGUAAAUCUAUCGGGUGAUUUCAACUCUGUGCAAGAUUUCUAUAAACUUAGUUAUUUUUUGCAAGAAAGAUACUGUACUUGGUACAACUAUGAUUUGAUAGCACGGCUGCGGAAAAAAUUUCUUUAUCGUUGGAGGAAAGAUUCGAAAUUAGAGAAUUAUGAGAGUUCGUUUAAAGAUAUUGUCUAUCGUAGAUGUUUUCUUUAUUUAGACAACGGUGGUAAAACCCCCAAAUAUCAGACCGAAGUUGUUUGUAAGAUUGAUAUUGAUUAUAAAGAAUUGUCACAGCCACUAAUUGAACACUUAACGAGUGUGUUUGCCAACGCUAUUGGUUUGGGUAAGUAUCAUUUGGUUUUCAAAAAAGUUAUAGAAGGUUGUACUGAACUAGUGUUUCGAGCACCUCAAUACAUCAUGAAGCUAAAGAAAUUAUCACCGUAUCAGGUGCGUAGCUUAAGAGAACAUAACAUUAUUGCAGUCAGAAUCAGUGAUCGGUACCUCUUUAGACAUGAUCAUGGCUUACUCAGCGCUUGUGAAAAAAACUUGGAACUUUUAGACAAGGUUAAAGUUGAUGUAUCUCCUUGCACACUGUGGACGGGUUUGCAUAAUGGUCAACCAUGCACUGUUUUAAAGUAUGAGGCAAAAGAAACCAAAUCAAGCUACACUGAGUACACUCACUACAUUCUGGAAAACAAACACGAGCAUGUAGUGAAAGCCGAUUGCAUACAUUUGGAUGACGAGCUUUCACAUAAUCCAAUAAUUGUACUUAGACAAGUACAUUUGCAGACAAUCAAUGGUUAUCUUUCUUCAACUCGUAGUGUCUUGUCUGAAAUAGAACAGCUUUCAUUUUUAUUGGACAUUGCUAAGGGCUUUGCUAGUCUACAGAAGGAUACUUCUGCCUAUUUCAGAGGAACUGAAAACUCAGUUUUUAUACACGUUGAAGAAAGUAUUGGCAACUUAAUUGCACAGUUUUUCCCUGUGUAUAAGCAAUCAUACUUUCCACGUGCUCAGGAGUAUGCAGCCGCAGUAUCUUCAGCAGAUUUGAUAUGGCUUAGAAGAACAACAAUUUUGUUAGAUCGUGAAAGCAAUGAUGAAAAAUCGGAGCUACCCGAGAGUCAUGUACUAUACAACAUUUUUAAGCACAAGUGGUUGUCAGAUGAUGAGCGUUUACGCCCUCGUGAUGUAUCACAAGUUGCUAAAGAGGUUGAAUACAUUCGAGAUUUGGAGAAGACAAGGCUAGAAAUGAUUGAUGUAGUAAGCAACUCGGAGUUUCAGGAAGUAUCACAUUUGAAUAUGAUCCUUAUCGGGCACACUGGAGUCGGAAAGACCUCAAUUCGAAAGCAUCUACAAAACCUUUUAUUUGCCAAGAAUGAAACCAGUACUAUCCUAUUUGAACAUGAGCUUCUAUUUGUACAAACAGUUGAAUUGUUGCCUGAUACCAAUAUCCCAGUUUUCCAACGUAAUGAUGCAGUAUACAGUAGUGAGAAGGAUAAGGUGUUUCUUACUUUGUGGGACACAGGGGGCCAGCCAAUGUUUCAGGAUCUUCUUCCUUGCUUCGCCAAAUUCAGAUCCAUUUAUGGCGUUGUGUUUCGUAUCAGUGAUUUUUCGAAUGAUUCUAACGCUGUUACAAGACCCACUUGUCCACUUGAGAGCGAAAGUGAAUCUCCAUAUACUUGCAAAGAGUACAUUAAACGAUGCCUUGCUUUUUUGGAGUUCUUUGCAUUUGAUAUGAAUCAAAGGUUUAUUCAACUACCUAAUGAAGUAAAAAAUGCAUUGUUUCAAAAUGCUGCUGAUGAUAUAAGCCUUUUUCCUAAAGUCGCUUUAAUUGGAACUUUUAAGGACAAGAUGAUGCAAGACAAUGCCGUAAGGGGAAAGUACAAUGAUUUCAAGAAAAAUUUGCUUCAAACUAAUUUUGUUGAAAGGUCCCUUUGCCCAAGCUAUGAUGACACUGUGUUUGAAGUAGACAACACUAAAUCAGGAGAUUCCUGUGAAGACCCUGGUAUUAAAGAUUUACGUGAGAAGAUAAUCACGGAAACGCAGCUCACAAAGACAAAGAUACCUUUGAAAUGGAUUGCAUACAAACUUGACUUGGAAAAUGAAUCACGAUUACAACGGCCCUGCACAGGCAUUGUAACCCUUAGUAAAGCUAACGAAAUAGCAAAGAAGCAGCAAAUCAGCUCAAGUGCAGCUCUAAGUUAUUUUCAUGAACUAGGAAUAUUUCUGUGGUACCGUGAGACAGAAUCUCUAAACAGUUAUGUAAUUGUGGAAUCAAGACAUCUGCUAUCUAUUCUAGGCACUCUUCUUAACCCAAAAACAUUCAUUAGUUUCCCUGGUGAAUGGAAAAACCUUCAGGAACAUGGCAUACUGAAUAAUGAUGUCGGUUUUACGCUUCUUGACGAGACUAUGAGCAGGACAGGGGUUGAUCGUGAAUGGAUUUUUAGCUUUUUUAGAGAGCACCACCUAAUAAUGAACUUGUCAGCUGAAGGCUACUUCAUUCCCUCUCUACUUCAAGUACUCCCGAUUUGUUCAAAUCCUUUCCACAUUUGUGAUGCAAUUUGUUCUAUGUGCACCCUCCUCCCACAAGCCAAAGAUAUGGAAGUAGCCCCAUUAUUUUUAGUGCCUAAGUGUAAGUGCAUACCACCUGGCUUUUUCCCUCGACUAAUGACAAUGCUUGCUGGAAUUCAAGACGGCGAGAUAAUUUGGAAGAUAUCAGUAAGCACGAUGAGCUGCAAAAACGUGGUUUCAUUUAUUGUAGGUGGUAACGCUUUCCUUGUUUUCACUGAAUUCAUUGAUUGUAUUCGAAUCUACUGUACUUCUGUUCCUAGUGCAAGCAUUUCCCAAUUGCUGUGUAGAGGCAUCUUGCGUCAAAUAAGAGCCCAAAUUGAGCGGCUCUUUUUGGAGAGUAGUAGCCUUCCAAUCAUAAUUACAUUCGCUUGUCCUUGCUCCAAGUCCCUUCAUUUUUUACCUUCUGUGCCGGCUAACUCGCAUGAUAAAGUGAUUUGUACUGAGCACCCAGGAUAUGUUUUUGAACCUUGUGAAAGUCAUCUGAAGUGGCUACAAAAGAAAAUUACUUCAGAUAGAGAUGCUGAAGAACAGCUCAAAAUUGCCCUGGAAGAAGGAGGAGUGGACGUACUUGUAUCAACAGUGCUGUUUGUGGGAUCUAACUUUUCUGAUCAGAUUGUAAUGGAUGACAGAGAAUCUGGUUCGACAAGUAUUUCCAGGUUUUUCAUUCUAGAAGACAACAACUUAAAAUUAUUACAAUCUGAAGUUGUAGAAGCAUUUUUAGCGAGUAACGCAGCCGAGUUAAAGCAAAAGUUUCCGAGUGAUCAAGAUAGUUCAUGUGAUCCACCCAAGACUGAAGCCUCUGCAAAUUAUAUAUCAGAAUCGAAAGAUUACUUGCCCAAGGCUGAAACGUCUGCAAAUGAUUUAUCAGAAUCGAAAAAUUUUUUGCCCAAGGCUGAAACGUCUGCAAAGGAUUUAUCAGAAUUGAAAGAUUUCUUACCGCACAAACAACACAGUCCACUUAAGUCUUAUGCUGUCAAUGAACCACAGCAAAUUGCUGGAGAUGAUGAACAUCAUAUUACAAAACGCGAGGAACAUAGCUCACCUGCAUCUACAUCUAUGCAUAUCCCAACUGAUCAGCUAACACAUAAUAAAAGUCGCAUAGUCACAUUAAUGCAAGGUGCUAGUGAUGAGCUACAAAGUCUCCAUUUAAUGAAUGCAAUAGAGUGUAAGCAUUCUCUUAUCUUAACAAUUUUACCAUUGCUUACUCCGCAACUAUCAUCUUUCGGUAUUCUUGAUGUUCAGUUCACAGCGGAGAUGCUUGAAAAAUUUCCAGAUAUUUCUGAAAAAUGGAUAGUAAUAGCUCCAUCAUUGAUGAAGACUUCAAAAAAUGAAAUUGAUCUCGUAGAAAACAGUCCACAUAGGCAUAAAUUUGCUUUAAAUUUUUCUGGUGGAGUUCUUUUUUCUAGUCAUGAAGAAGUUUUAAAAGUGUUGAGGACUUUGCGUAGCAUGAACAAAGAACAGAUUCCCUAUUCUUGGUUUUAUCUCUGGAGUUUUGUUAAAAACACACUUCAACUAAACAAUUCAAAAAUAAUUACUCUUGAUACUGUUAUUCGCAUUUCAGACACUUGUGGUAUCGAGUCUGGUCAGCAGCUACAGGACGCUCUUGCAUAUCUACAUAAAUGUGGUCUGCUAAUCUACUUUAAAGAUAUUCUCCCCAAUGUUAUUUUUGAAGAUGUCUCCUUGCUCAUGUCUUUAAUGAUUUCUUUGCUCAAAAACAUUAAAUAUACUGGGCUACUUACAGAUACUGACUUUCAUGCUGUUCAAAAUGUUUAUGAUAGUAUUUUUACAUAUGAUAAUGUUAUAAAGCUACUCAAAGGGUUAUGCUUACUCUCUCAAAUUAGCUCGCAUCAGUUCUUAAUGCCAUGUGUUCUCACAACGUCUCUAAGCCCUCAAGAUUUGAGUAUCUAUUGCAAAGAACCUUGUCUUGUAGUUCAACACCCAAUGGCUACCAACGUUUUUGGAUUUUUGAUCUGCUUUGUAACGUCUCAAGAAAGCAGCGACUUCUGGCCAUGGAAAAUACUCACAAAUCCGAAUACGGGAGAUCCAGUUUGCAUAUUUUCAAACUGUGCACAGUUUUCUCUGCCUGGAUAUGAUUGUAUGAUAACAUUGUUUGCAUCUAACUCAUGUGUUAGGAUUUAUACUGAGUACAAGAAUUAUCAACCACCUUUGUUUCUGAUCAAGACAGCUGUGAUUCGUGGGAUUGAAAAAGCAUGCAAAUGUUAUCAAUUGGAAUCGCUGGCUUGUGAUGUUGGGUUUAAUUGCAUUUGUGGUUCCACAGACAUUGAGCAUAAUAUGAUUUGGCUUGAACAAAGUUUGAUAUGUUCUUUCAACUCGGAGCAGACUUUUAAGCUGUCACAAUCACAGCAACGCUGGUUUGAUGAAGGUAUUUCUUCAGAUGAUGAUUCCAUAACAGUAAACAGAAUUUUUAGAAAGUUCUUAGCUCGGUCUAAAGUGUGGUAUGAAGUAGGAAUGGAACUUGGUCUUGACACUCCAACACUGUCACGAAUAUCAUUGAGGUACCAGAAUAACCCGGAUCUUGCCUUAAUGGAAGCUGUCCGACAGUGGUUCAAGAAAACUGAUAACCCACAACUUCUCGAUGCAUCUCUUGGACUUGAACAAGAAUCGAAGCGGUUGUUUGAUGAGGCAAUGAAGCAUGGACACGUCUUGGUCAACAUUGUCAACAUGCUUGUGUUUGGACCGGCGGGAACAGGAAAGACCAACCUCAAGUGCCUGCUAACUGACAAGCCCCCUCCACUACAGCGAGACAGCACUCCUUGUAUGGAAAAGCCAGUACGCAUUCGACCAGUGUCCAACACGAAAUUCAAGUCAACUGGAUGGGGCUGGGAAGAGAUGUCUCAGCCAAAGUUGCUCAAACUACUAGCUCAAAUCAUCUCCAAGUUACCAAAAGAAAGUACUGAUCAAUCCACGGCCUCAAGGGUUGCGGAGAGCUUGAAAAGAAUGACCACAAUAACAGAGUCAGGUUUAACUUCUGAUAAUGUUAAGUCAAUUGAUGAGUCCAUAUUGUCUUACUACAAUCCAAGCGACACAAAAUCUGAUGAGAUUACCACAAUAACUACUUUUUCUGAUAUGAACCUGUCAGCCAAAGAAGAGCCUCCAUACUCUGGAAGAAUGUUGGACAAAGCCAUCGAUGAUUUGAUAGCCAGUGUAGUGAGUGGUGUUGCAGAACAGCUGAAGCUAGCCACACAGGGAACUGAUCAACUGUUGAGCAGAGACCAGCAAGAAGGAGAACUGUUUGAUUCCAACUGGGUAUAUGUUACUGAUUCCGGAGGCCAACCUCAAUUUCAUGACAUCAGUCCUCUCUUUAUCAAGCACAUUUCGGUGGCGUUGGUAGUGCUGCGUUUGACUGACGAACUAUCCAGUUUCCCUUCUGACGAGUACUACAAGGAUGGGCAGCUGGUUGGUAGUCCCCAUGCAUCUCACAUGACCCUCGGGGAGACACUUCAGAGUAUCGUUCGAUCUAUUGAGUCCCAUACCUCACAAGACAGGAAGCCAAAGAUGAUCUUUGUGGGCACAUUCUUGGAUCAGCUGAGGAGCUUGGAUACUCUUAUCAAGAGGAAUCAAGAGAUUCUCGACAUGCUGCCACCCGAUAGCAAGAAGCUAUUGGUGUACAACGAUCCUGGAUUGAACAAUCUGAUUUUUGGUCUCAACACGAUCAGCCGAGAUGAUGAUUCACUGGCCACUGCCAAUAGGAUUAGAAUUACUGUUGAGCGUUCUAUUCCGCUACAAGUCAAAAUGCCCAUCUGGUGGUCCUUCUUGGAUUCACUUCUCCAGAGUUUAUCUGCCACUCUCGAGCGAGGUGUACUAAGCAUUGAAGAAUGUCUUCGAUUAGCCACUCGAUUUGGUUAUGUGCUCCAAGAUCUUCAAGCUGCUCUGGUCUUCUUUGACAACGUGUGUAUAGCGCACUACUAUCCCUCCAUUCUCCCCAACACAGUGUUUGUGGAUGCCCAGAUUCCACUAGACAAGAUCACCGAGCUCUCACAGCACGCCAUCUCCCUGAGGAAUGCUGAAGUCAAAUCACGCUCUACUCUAAACACAGCAAUGAUCGAGGUUGAAUGGAAGAGAUUUCGAGACGAGGGUAUAAUCACUUUAGGGUUCCUACGCUUCUUCAAGAAGCAUUACGUUGAAGGCAUCUUUUCUCCAGAAGAUAUGCUGUUGAUCAUGAAAGAUCUUCUCGUGGUUGCUCCCAUUGCACUAGUGGAAGCCACUCCCCACCAAGCCGAGUUCUUCAUGCCAUCUCUACUCACAUCGAUCCAACCUGUUGAGUUAGACAAAAUUCGUUCCUCCUUCACAAUAGCACCCCUUGCUGUCUACUUUCGUAGUGGGUGUAUUCGCUCUGGAGUCUUUUGCUGUCUAGUUGUGGACGUAAUCAAGAGGCUGGGCUGGAAAGUUUUGCUCCCUUCAGGCGAAACAAGCAUUUUUGCUAAAAAUUGUAUCCAGUACGAAAUCUCCGAUCUCCCGUGUACCGUGACUCUGAUCGACUCCUUCUCAUAUAUGGAAGUGUAUAUCGACGUCCCUGUUUCUCUUCGCAAUGAAGUAUGCCCUAUGAUUCGAAACGAAAUUUUGCACAGUAUUAAAUUGUCCUGUGCAGUGUUGCAUUAUGUCAACGACACACCCAAGACAGCCAUCUUUUGCCCAUGCAAGAAGAGCACUGGAAAAUUGCACCUUGCUGAUGUGAUCGAACGGAGUGGCUGUAAGUUUUGGAAGUGCUCCCUUCAGACACGUGUGUGGGGAGAGCUCAGUGAUGAACAUAGAAUCUGGCUGGACAAUAGCGAAGGUUCUGGUGAAUCAUCCUCUGUUACGGGAGACAUGUGUACAAAGAUGACAUUGAGUGAUCAGCAGCAACAAUCUGUUAUAGGUGAAGCCUCCUCUGUUACGAGAGAUAUGGAUACUAAAGGAAAGAGACAUCAGCUGCAAUACUCCGGUCCAUCGUCCCCUGUAAUGGAACCUGUGUGUAGAAUGAGUGAUCAAUAUACCAGAAAACCAUCGUCUGCUACGGGAGAUACUCUUAUGAAGACUGAGAGAAAGAGUGAUCAGCAGCAAUACUCUGGUGAAUUGUCCUCUGUUACAGUAAUGGAAGAUGUGUGUAAGAAGACUGGAGUGAGGGACCAACAACUCAAUCAAGAAAUCCCUGAGAGUGACAUCAUUCUAAUCGCGCAGAAAUUUCCUCACCUGCUGAACGUGCACAAGGCUUUGACCAUCAACGAUCUACAACAUGUUUACAAGAAACUACAUGAAAGUGCCAGCCCUCACUGGUUCAAUCUGGGAUUUGCUUUCGGUCUAACUCAUCCUGUUCUCACCAACAUCGAUAGAAAGCAUCGUGGAAAUAAUGUGUCAUGCUUGCGUGAAAUGUUGGCCAGGCUCCUGAGUACACAACAUGUAACAUGGAGUCUCCUGUCAGACGCUCUCAAAAAGCCCACAGUGGAUCUUAUCAAUUUGGCUGACAGCAUCACAGCCAAUCAAUCCACAACUCCUAACCUGCUUGAUCGACUCAAUCUCACAUCAGCCGACCUUGGUGAUGUAACUGAUGUCACACGUCGUUAUGGCAAUCAAGCUGGAGUGGCUCAUGCAUUGAUAGUGUGGCAAAGAGUGAAUCCUUCCAGAGCUACCUUCAGGGCCUUGGUGGAAAUUGCCCUAGGACUGAGAAGAGGAGACAUUGCUACAGACAUCUGUAGGUUCAUUGUAGAAAAUGGCGGUUAGAUAAUAGUUUUUGUACACACCCAUGCACCUCCAAUUAUAGUUGUCAGUAUUAUUAUACCUCGAUUAUUAUAGUUCCUAUGUUUAAUUAUUUUGCUAUAAAGUAAAUUUAAUUUGUACUCAACCUCAUUACUUAGCCUCAUUCUCUUCCCUCUAAUUUUCCAGCGCAAGCCUCUGCUCACGUAUCCAUUUAGUGAUAAUUGUUUCACAUUCACCUAUUAUAUACACCUCAACUUUAUUCUUCACCCCAA